AUGGAUAUUGAUUCACCAGUGCAGAGUAAUAAUAACUCUCUUUUAAAGAAUAUUGAAUCUUACUUUGGCAAUUCACCAGAUUCCCCAUCAUUAACUAAGAAUCUAUUCAAAAAGAAAUCAUCCAAACCAAAACCAUUGGCUACAAAGAACCUGAAUACAUUGUUCGAUCUGCAAAAAGAAUCUAAAUUUGAUUCUCCUACAUCAACAUUAGCUGCUGAUUUAAGUGAGAACUUCCAUAUUCAAGAACAAAUACCUACCCCUAAGAGAUCGCUUCUGUUUGACGAUGACUCCAGCAUAGGCCAAUUCAGUUUCGAAGUUGACCCAGAUAUGGAUUAUUCACCAAGUGUCACCAAAUUAUCAAAACCUCCAAGCGCCAGACCAAAACUACACAAUGAUUCAAAUAACUCUUCAAGAACCACCUCAAACCUUUCAAUUUCCUCCAUCAACUCUAUUUCUUCUGUCUCUAGUUCAGAUACCAUAUCAUCAAAUUCACAACAAUUGACCAAACCAAGAAAACAACUAAGAAGAGCUAAAACAAGUAUAUCAAACACAACAAGAUUAUUACACUCAUACAGCGCUUCGAAUAUCAACUUACCAAAAUCAAAUUUCAAUGUUGAUGAUGAUGAACAAGACUUAACAAUUACAAAUGAAUUGGAAAAUGACACAAUGAUGAUGAACAAUAACUCAAGUAAUCUGGAUUUCUUAUGUGUUCCAUCACCAAUUGCAGAAAGAUCAUUGAAUUUAGAUGACUUGGAAGAUGAUACCAAUAAUACAGCUCAUGAAAACUUUCUUAAUGCUGGAUUAAAUAAAAGAGAAAUUGGUUCACCUCUGCAAAAAAGACCCAUUAAAUCAAAAGUUCGUCGUACACAUUCUAUGUUUUACUCCAAGAAGGAAAUCACUGAUACAACAAAUAUGUUUGGUAAUCUGAUGACUACAAAAUCACCAAUCAAUAAACUAAGCAAUGAUCAAUUUGAUGGUUCUGUUUUAUCCAAUUCUAAUUUAGAAAAAUCAAAAAUUGAAACAUUUAAUGUUAAAAAUGAUUUGAUUCCAAGAAUUAAAGUUGAAACUUUAUGUAAAAUUUUAGAUGGACAUUACAAAGAUUCAUUUGAUGAAGUUCUGAUUGUGGAUUGUAGAUUCCAAUAUGAAUAUCAAGGUGGUCAUAUCAAUGGUGCUGUUAAUGUUUCAUCUCAACAAGAAUUGGAAGAAAAAUUUUUAAACGAAAGAAGAAAAUCAAAUAACUUUUUGGAAACUGAUAACAAUAAAAAUACUUUAAUUGUUUUCCAUUGUGAAUUUAGUUCCUAUAGAGGUCCAUUAAUGGCUAGUCAUUUAAGAACAUGUGAUCGUAAUAAAAAUCAAGAUAACUAUCCACAUUUAGAUUAUCCAGAUAUUUUAGUCUUAGAAGGUGGUUAUAAAUCAUUUUUUGACUUACAAAGUCAUAGAUGUUAUCCACAAAAAUAUGUUGAGAUGAAUGAUAAUAAUCAUAAAAAUGCUUGUGAAGUUAAUUUAACAAGAUUUAGAAGAGAUUUAAAAAGAGCAAGUUCUCAUGGAAGUUUAAGUUUCAGUUCAUCAGGAUCAUUAUCAUCUUCUUCAUUAUCAUCUUCAUCUACAGGUGCACCAACACAUACAAGAUUACCACAUAGAAGAACAAUGACUUCAAUAAAUUUUCAAAGAAGACCAAGUUUGAAAACCACUUCUUUAGAUUUUUCAAGAUCUUCAUUAGAUUUAGUUACAGAUGAAUCAGAAAAGGAAAAUGAAAUUGAUUUAUCAUCUGAUGAUAUUAAACCUCCUGAAAGAAUGAAUUUUGGUUUCAAAUUUCCAAUUUCAAAACCACUUGAAGCAUUACAACAUUCAUCAACACCAGCAGUUCCAACUACAAAUUCAUUGAAUGAAGACACCCCAAUCCCAGCUCAAAAAAAGAAGCUGUCAAGAGCUUUCACAUAUGCUAUGUGA